AUGUUUGUGAUGGGUGGAGUGAUUAUAGCAUGGCUUGUUCUAGUGUCAAUAGCACACGCGAUAGAUGUUAACAUUACGGGUACGUGGCAGCCCAAUAUUGGUAUGGAGAUAGUGUGCACGUGGGAAACCCUACAGAACGAUACGCUUCAAUCGGUUAGGCUUUACAAUGAUGGGCAGCAGUUCAUGAUUUAUCGACCCGAGAGACAUGGUCAAACAAAGAGUGAAAUCUUUCAAACACCACAAACUGGGAUGUAUAUUGAUUGCGCUAUCACUAGGGACAGAGGACAAGAAGGUUCAUGCAAAAUGCUCUUGGAAAUAUAUCAGCCUGGCAUAAAUGAUUUUACAUACACUUGUGAAGUUUCCGGCGAAAGGCCUAUGUUUCGGAUAGAAAAAAAAGAUUAUCUUGUUAAGAUAUUAGUCCCUCCAACAAACGCAACGUUAGUGAGCAAAGUUGGAGAUGGAUCAUCCCCAAGCCGCGUGAUGCUGAACUGCUCCUCCACUGGUCUGCCCGCCCCGCGACUACAAUGGACCCUUGAUAAUAAUGAUAAACUACAAGCAGAUUUUACCGACCGGUAUUGGAACGUAACAUCAAAAUUAUGGCACGUUUGGUCAUAUCUCUCUUACAUUAGAACGAGCGACGCCAAAGUCAUGUGCACUCCCGAAGUGAUAACUCAAAGUGAAAUUAUUAAAGGAAUUCCAGCUGUUUACAGCUCGGCCAUUAGAUAUUUUGGUACAAACCUAGUAAUAAUUUCAUUUUUAACUCUACUGAGG